ACACAACACGCAAAGUCUAUCAGAAAAAAUUGGUUGUACUGAUGGGAGGUACAGUGGAAGAAACAGUAACGUACAAUGGCGACGUAGAUCAAGAAGAGUACUCAGACAGUGAGGAGGAAGUUGUAGAAGAACCACAGAAGAGCGUGCCAUCCACAUCACAACAGUCAGUACCCGUCAGCCUUCCAGUGCAACCGGAGGUCCGCAAACGAACCCUUAUCAGCACAGAGUCAGAGAGAACCGACUUGGUGUUUGACCCUGAACUGCACACUCCUUCUCCACGACGCUCUCUCCGCACUGUCACUUCCACCUGUACGUCGUCUGAAAGCUACACAUCACGGAAGUUUGUCAACAAUGGAAGAAGUGGGCUUGUACGAGAAAGUGUUGCAAAAUCGGUGGAAGAGGAACCCAGUGCUGGCAGUGGUGGCAAGUUGGCUGCGACAGUUCGGUUGUUAGUCAAGUUGAUCUUCUUAGCCCUCAUUCUUGUUGCUCUUCUCUUUGGAUACCAGUAUCUUGAGAACAACCCCACGGAGAGUCCUUUCAAGCCUAUAGAACAGUUGGCUAGACAAGCUCUGGAAGCUGCUGUAGGAGAAGAGGCAGCUAAGGUGGAGGAACCUGUACCAACCCAAGAGGAGGUCCCGCCUGCUCAAUCCUAAAGAUCUCUGGUACCUGAUACCAUCCAAACCAUGACCACGUAUGCAUCCUGCCGAAACCCCCUGCCCACAGUCCCAUGAACAGACCUGGAUAUUUUUUUACUGAUAAAAAGAGGAAAGGAAAAACAACAACAAUAAUUGGCUGCUCUUGUUUGCCAGGUUUAGUGCAGAAAGUUGCUGUAACCUCUAUCUUUACUUGAAUUAUUCUUUUAAUGGGAAAUGAAUAGUGCUAUAUUAAAGAGUUCUAGAGAAGCUGUUUGUUUUAGUUAGUGCAGCAGAGCACAUAUAAGUUAGACCAGGAUUGGGUGCUAAUGUUUCCUCCAUCUUUUGAAGUCUCAUAGUCAACUAAUUAUUUUUUAGCUCACUUGUUAUAAGUUCAUACUCAACUUAAUUAUAGGUUAGCAUCACAAAAGGGAUAGUAUGAAAACAAAAGGCAUUUGAAGGUUUUUAUUAAAUAAAGAAAAAGAAAUUGCCUCUUUUGUUCUCUUGUUUUCCAUUAAAUGGAUUCAUAUAAGCCACUGACAUCAGUGAUGCCAUUUGUGGUGCCAUUCUAAGCAUUAAUAGAUUGUCACAAUGGAAACUUUUUGUUGUUCUAGCAAUAUUCUAAUUUUCUCUUCCCAAUUGGGUUAUAUAGCUGUUUUAUACACAUUUGUUUGUUAUGAUCUCCAACUGCUCAUUUUAUUUCUUUCUUAGCCAGAUAUCUGUUGAACAUGAAUGAAAAAUAUACUGACAUUUUUUCCCCUCACUUUAUAUAUAUCUUGUUUGUUUUAUUCAGUUGCAUCCUUAUUCAAAUUGUGCUUAACAUCUUUCAAAACCAGUUACUGAUGGUAAUGAUAGACCUUGUAUAGAAAAGUUAAAUUUGAGGGACCGGAUACCAGGAUGUGGGAAAUGGAUUUUUUUAUUUUUUGUUUUUUGUGCUCAAAGGUUGCCCUUAUUAGAAAUUAGCCAAUUUUUUACCCACAGGGAGCAAAGGCUCUAUGUUAGUUUCAGUAAUAUGGUGUGUGUGUGUGUGUUUAUCUAUAUAUUUUAUAGCACUUGUAGAAUGAUGUACAAGUUUUGCAUUAAUAAAGAAAAAAAAAAAAUCUUUUCUAAAAAUAACUUAAUGCAUGCUUUCUAUACACCCGUACAAUACUAGUUUAUAAAUUAAAAAUAUGAGAGUACAAGGAAUGUAUCCUGCUAUUCUUUUUAUUUUAAUUGUUCAAAGUUGCACAAAGAUUCAUUAUGGAUUAUUUCCCCUGUGGCAAAAGUUUAAUCGAAUCAGCAUGAUCUUGACCUUCACUUUAUAGGAAUUUUUGUUGCAAUAUUGUAUAGAGUGAGCCAUUGCAUAAUUGCAUAACCUGGAAUAAAUGGAUUAUUAUUACUAAGGAUUACAAGUUUUAAGACUAGUACUCCUAUCCUUUGUCCCAUAAAAUGUAUUAUUCUCCUGUAUGUUGUCCGGAGAUUAAAGUGUUGAUAAUUUGUAAGGUGUUUGUUAUUUAUCGAAGUUCUUAAUUUUAUUUUAGUUUCCUUUUAAUUGCCUCUUAGCUUGGGCCUUAUGAUGUAUAGUGUUAUCUGAUAUGGCUUUAAAUUGAUUGGAAAGUUGACUACAUAUCAAAGGCCAGAUUUUGUGACUAGUAAUUAGUAAUUGUAUCAUCAGAUUCUUUAACAUAAAUAAUUUAAUAUAAA